GAGUUCUCGAAACCUCGUUAAGCCUCCUCUUUGGAGCAUCGUCUUCGACCCCCAGCUCAAAGAGUUUCCUUUGCUCCUACGCCAAAGAAAGUCCCCACCAACCCUCACAAACAAAGCCACAGCUUCAAUUCAGCAGUAGGAAGACUCAGGAGUAAAUACAAGUUCAGAGCAUAUUUGAUGGCAAUCAUUCCUUUUGGAAGCACAUGGGUGGCUCACUGGGGAGUUCAGCUUCAGAUUGGCUCAAGAUCUACUAUUGCAAACAAGUUAUUGACAAUUCCACAUGGUGUCUCAAGCAAGGUGAGAACAUUGGCCUCACCAAGUUCAACCAUUUUUUCUCAAAAUUCCUUACGUUCACAAUUUAAUUUGGGAUCAUCGAAGAAUUCGAGUCGCCGCAGGGGAUCUCAUCUCAUUGUGAGAGCUGAUAGUGAUUACUAUGCUGUCCUUGGUGUGUCAAAAAAUGCCAGCAAAUCAGAAAUCAAAAGUGUUUAUCGAAAGCUUGCCCGGAGUUACCAUCCUGAUGUGAACAAAGAACCUGAAGCAGAACAGAAAUUUAAGGAGAUUAGCAAUGCUUAUGAGGUAUUAUCAGAUGAUGAGAAACGUUCUAUAUACGAUAAGUAUGGGGAGGCUGGGCUUAAAGGUGCUGGCGUCGGCACGGGGGAUUUCAGCAACCCCUUUGAUCUGUUUGAAUCGUUAUUUGAUGGCAUGGGCGGCAUGAGCAUGGGGGGAAGAGGCUCUCGAAACAGGGCUAGAGAGGGAGAAGAUCAGAUCUACAAUCUGAUCUUGAAUUUUAAAGAAGCCGUUUUUGGGGUUGAAAAGGAGAUAGAAAUAACUCGACUUGAGAGCUGUAGCACCUGUGAUGGAUCUGGUGCCAAGCCAGGAACCAGGCCAUCCACAUGUAGCACAUGUGGUGGGCAAGGGCAAGUUGUCUCCUCUGCAAGAACUCCACUGGGUGUCUUCCAACAGGUAAUGACCUGCUCUACUUGUGGUGGGACUGGGGAGAUUUCUACUCCUUGCAACACGUGCGGUGGGGAUGGACGGGUAAGGAAGUCAAAGCGGAUUAGCCUGAAAGUCCCUGCUGGCGUAGAUUCCGGCAGCCGUUUAAGGGUCCGGUCAGAAGGUAAUGCAGGGAGGAGAGGAGGACCCCCAGGAGACCUUUUCGUGAGCAUUGAAGUUCUUUCAGACCCUGUAUUGAAACGGGAUGACACCAAUAUUCUCUACACUUGCAAGGUUUCUUACAUUGAUGCUAUCUUAGGAACAACAGUGAAGGUUCCUACUGUCGAUGGUACGGUUGAUUUGAAGAUUCCAUCUGGUACCCAGCCAGGUACGACACUAGUGAUGGCAAAAAAAGGCGUGCCGUUUCUGAAUAAAAGCAACAUGAGGGGUGAUCAGUUGGUAAGAGUGCAAGUUGAGAUACCAAAACGGUUGAGUGGUGAAGAGAGGAAGCUCAUUGAAGAACUUGCUGACCUGAACAAGGCCAAACCUCUCAACAGUAGGAGAUAG